UAUCAAGGAAGAAAAGAUCAUCAAAUCAAACUACAUGGACAACGAAUCGAACUUGGUGAAAUCGAACGAUGUUUACUUAAUAUUGUUUCCAUCUCUACUUGUGUUGUCAUGAAAUGGAAUGAUGAUUAUUUAGUUGCAUAUGUUCAAUCUUCUCAUGUGAAUGAAGACGAAAUACGUCAAAAUUGUCAAUCUCAUCUUCCGCCACAUAUGAUACCAUCAGUAUUUAUUAUUCUUGACAAACUACCUUUGAAUCAAAAUGGAAAAGUGGAUAGAAAACAACUUCCUUCGCCUGACUUUUCUGUGUCGACUUUGUUAUCGUCCGAUAAAUCUGAUACUCCCCUUAACCAGUUCGAAGAACAUAUACUCACUAUUUGGUGUCAAGUUCUUCAUUGUGAUGAUAAUCAAAUUUCGAGAACUACCAGUUUUUUUACUGUUGGUGGUCAUUCACUUUUAUUUAUUAAACUUUAUCAUCAUUAUCAAUCAGUAUUUAACUUUGAUGCUCAUACACUUUCGAUUGCCCCAUUUCUUCAACAACCAACUAUAUUUCAACAUUCACAACUACUUCAAACAGUUAUAAUGAAUAAUAUACAGACAUCACAAUGGCACACAUUACAUAUAAAUGAAGGUAUUGCCUCUUUUGCUCAAGAACGUAUAUUUCUUGAUGAACAGGUUCGCUUUUCAAGUGAUAUUGCUAUCUAUAAUGAAUUCUCGACUUUACAAGUUGUUCAAGGAUCAUUAUCAUUCAAUCGUCUAUCUCAAGCAUUUCGAUGUGUUUUGAACAAACACAAAAUAUUAUGUACGUCUCUGCUUUUUAACAGUGAUAAUAGUGGUGUCAGACAAUGUAUUACAGAAAUACAUAAAAUAUUCACAGUAACUAUCAACCAAACAUUUGAAAAUGAAAAUGAACUUCGAGAUAUUAUCUACCAAAGAACUAUUAAUCCUAAUUUCUUCGACUUAUCA